GUCACUUCCGCCUGUGUGUCAGCUGCGUUAGCGUCCCAGCUCUCAGAGGUUCAGUGUGAGCGAGGCGCUGGACUACAGCACAGCCUCAGUGGUACAGGUGGCAUUGGUGUGUGGUCUGUGUCGUCAGAAACAUCAGUCAGGCGUCCACAAGAGACCAUGUUCUAGUGGCUCACGCUGGCUGUCCAACAAUACAAUGAACAAUGAGGACGAGUUCUAUGAUGCCGUCACAGGCUUGGAUUCGGAUGAGUCAUGUGAGGGCACUUCAGAAGCCAGUUUUAAAGAUGCAGUAGUGGAUGCUGGUGCUGAGAAGAACAAUGGCACUGUACAAGAAAAUGGAAUCAAGAAACGCAGGACAACCCUUCCUGCCCACAUGUUCUCUAGAAAUAACUUCAGCGUGUGGAGCAUCCUGAAGAAAUGCAUAGGACUGGAGCUGUCUAAGAUCACCAUGCCCAUUGUGUUUAAUGAGCCACUAAGCUUUCUGCAGAGAAUCAGCGAGUACAUGGAGCACACGUACCUCAUCCACAAAGCCUGUGCGGAGUCGGACUCCAUCAAGAGAAUGCAGGCUGUAGCUGCCUUUGCUGUGUCUGCUGUGGCCUCUCAGUGGGACAGAACUGGAAAGCCGUUUAAUCCUCUCCUAGGGGAAACCUAUGAACUCACACGAGAGGAUCAGGGCUUCAGGUUGAUCUCAGAACAGGUGAGUCAUCACCCACCAAUCAGUGCAUUCCAUGCUGAGGGUCUGGCAGAGGACUUUGUGUUCCAUGGCUCUAUAUACCCAAAGCUCAAGUUCUGGGGCAAGAGUGUAGAAGCAGAACCAAAAGGAACCAUCACGUUAGAGCUUCUCAAGCACAAAGAGGCAUACACAUGGUCAAACCCUCUCUGCUGUGUACACAAUGUCAUUGUGGGCAAACUGUGGAUUGAGCAGUACGGACCUGUGGAAAUACUGAAUCACAGUACUGGAGAUAGGUGUGUGCUGAAUUUCAAACCGUGCGGGAUGUUUGGCAAAGAACUGCACAGAGUGGAGGGAUACAUCCAGGAUUCAAGUAAGAAGAAGCUAUGUGUGAUUUAUGGCAAAUGGACAGAAUGCAUAUGGAGUGUAGACCCACAAGUGUAUGAUUCUCAUCGCAAGAAUGAUAAAAAAGGAGUAGCAGACGCAAAGAAACAAAAACCCGAAGAGGCAGAUGUUGCAGAUAUUGAUGAGGCAGAUGACAUGCCGGAGGUACAAGAGACUGUAGCUGUGAUCCCUGGUAGCACUCUACUUUGGAGAGUGUCUCCUAGACCACCCCUUUCUGCAGAGAUGUAUAACUUUACUAAUUUUGCUAUCACACUGAAUGAAUUGGAGUCUGGCAUGGAGGAUGUUUUACCCCCAACAGACUGCCGUCUCCGACCUGACAUACGAGCCAUGGAAAAUGGAGACAUGGAUGAAGCCAGCAGGCAGAAAGAGAGGCUGGAGGAAAAACAAAGAGCAGCUCGUAAAGACCGGUCAAAGGGAGAUGAGGAAUGGUCUACUAGGUGGUUUAAGCUGGGAACAAACCUGCACACAGGAUCACAGGACUGGCUCUACACUGGAGGCUACUUUGAUAGGAAAUACACAAACUGUCCUGAUAUCUACUAAUAAGAGACCAGCAUUCCCUUCCUUUUUCCCAUCGCUACAGCAUCUCAUAAUUUCUCACACAACCACUUACAUUGUACAUGUUGUUCAUUUGGAACUGAUGCAGUAGCAUUAGCUGGUUUUCCAUCAUCCAACCAUGUAUCAUGCAUCACACACUGCUUACUGUCUUUAGCAAAAACGUCUGUAACUUGGUCUGUAUUGAAAUCAGGGACUUAAGCACUUAUUUAAGUAAUUAUUAUGUUACUGGUGGGCGAAAGUGAAGGGCAUGAUCACAGCACUCAGACAAUUUUUUUUAUUUCUCAGUUUGGUGGGUUUUUGCAUUGAGAGCACUGAUUUUUUUUUUUUUUUUAAGAAGAAGGGAAAAAAAAGUAAUUAUCUGCCUUAGAUCACUUAAUACCCCUAUGACAUCUCUGUGCCCUGCUUCUUUUUAUUUUACUGUUCCCAUGGCUGAACCUACAGCUCAGUCUGCAUAAUCACCACAUACUUUCACAUGGAUACAAUUUUGUUAUUGUCAUGGGCCAUAACCCUGAAAUGCGGGAAACAACACACGAACAAUAUUUGACAAUUAUAUGAUGCAUACCCAUACUUGCAACUAUCCAAUCAAAAGUUAAUCUAAUUACGAUGUUACUAAUGAUGAUAACGAUAGUAGUAAUAAUAAUAAAAUGCUCUGUGUGCAUGCAUGUGCACGCAUGUACAAUAUUACAGUUUAACUGUUUAAACUUCACUUGGAGGUGCAAUGUAAUAUCCCUUAUGGUUUAUAGUUCUCGUGGGGGUGGGGAUUUUUGAAGUUCAAGCCUAUAGCACAUUAUUACAUAGAAGUUCACAUUCAAAAUAAUGCAGUUGUAUUUUUAAAAAUAUGAUUGUUAAAAGAUUUGCCUCUGGUGUCAAGUGGCAAUUAGUAGUGUUGUGCUCUGAUAUGAUUAGAAUUGUUAAAAAGAAAAGAAAAACUGCACUCAGUGUCAUGCCUUAAUAGAAUUGUUGUUGUUUUGUUAGCUGUCUCAAGUUCACGGUGAUUUGGUUUGACUCUUUCACCACUAUUCUAUAAUAUGGCAUAUUCUUGGCAGUUGUCUUGUUCUACGUAUAUGUCAAUUUAGAGCUCAUCUCAUUUAAACUUUUAAUUUAUUCAUUACCACUAUUUUCACACUAGUACACCUUUAGUGAAAGCCGUCACAGUCUAUGCAACUCAUCAAAUGUUUGAAGUCCCUGUACAUUUUCUUGUAACUGUGUUUGGCCUGAAGCUAGAAAAACAGUCCUAUGUUUUGUCUUACAGGAAAAAAGUGUGUAAAGACAGUUUAUGUAAUAGAAAAGUUUCAGCAACAUCAUCUCCUUUUCAGUGCCCACAGUUAGCACUCUUUUUCUAAAACCUUAUUUUCCUUUUUCUUAAUUACUGAAACUCUAGUUAUGAUAUGUGCAGAAGAUUAUAGUCAUCUUGACAUUUUCAAGGCACAGUGAUGCUAGAAUAUCAUGCGUUUUAUUUUAAAUACCAAACUUUGUUUCCCUUCAGUGCCUGAGUUUGAAUCAAUGAUACUUGACAUUUUUAUUGUUCAGUGUCAUAAGGGUUUUAAAAAAAGUUCUUUAAAAUAAUGUUUUUUUUUUGUCAUCUGUGUGCUUAACCAAAUGUCACCUCCUUUACCUCUGUGAUUAACAGUUUAAAAUACUUAAAAGUCAGUGAGAAUGAUGGCAGAUUUUCACAUGUUGUAUGAUGUACACUUGUACAGUACAUUACACUACUUGAUUGCCUCUAUUAAAUUAGUUGCUCCUUUAUUUAAAUGUACAUCUGAUUAUAUGAAAAUAGCAAUAUAAAACUAAUACAGAUUU